UGUCGUACAAAACCAGCGGCAGUUUACCCUUAUUGUUCUUUCCUUUAAACCACACAAAUUCAUCUAAAAUUUGUCGACCUUUGCAUCUUUUAUCCAAAAUUUUAUCAAUCUUUGCAUUUUUAAUUUAAAAGAUGACUGCUAUGCAUUGCCCCCUUGCGUACAGCAGCUAAAAUUUCACGGCGUUUACAGCAGAUCAUUUCAGAAUCAGGUCAGUUAGAAACUUUUCUCGCUCCAUCUUGCUUCAUCUCAUCAAACCCUAGCAUAGACAGUAAAAUCAAACCCUGCUAAAUGGCAAGGUCUCUGAUAUCAUCUUCCAUCGUUCCAUUUAAACUCCCAUUUCGCCAAACCAGCGCCUUAAAGGGAAGGUUUUCAAUUCAAGCUCAGUUUUCCUUUGACAGACUUUAUACAGAAUAUCUCUCUCAAAGGAACAUCAAUGUUUUGUGCUCAAACUCUUCGAAAACUGGCAGGAAGAGUUCAGGCGCAUUCCUUUGCAGGGCGGGAAAAAUUUAUAGUGUGGAAAUAGAGCAUGAAGGCAAAAAACACAUCCUACAAGUUGAAGAGGAUGAGACGAUACUAUCGAAAGCCUUAGAUGCAGGCAUUGAUGUUCCUCACGACUGCAAGCUUGGGGUUUGCAUGACGUGCCCUGCAAGACUGUUAAACGGAGAAGUUGAGCAGAGCGAGGGGAUGUUGAGUGAUGAUGUCGUGGAGAAAGGGUAUGCUCUUAUGUGCUCUUCGUAUCCUCGUUCAGAUUGUUUAAUUCGGACCAUUCCGGAAGAUGAAUUGCUCUCUCUGCAGCUUGCCACGGCCAAUGACUAGUCAAUGUUUCAUCUUGAAUUUAUCUACAUAUACUUCAAAUUUUCUUGCCCUUGUAUUGUUUUUGCCUCUGCUUUAAGAGUUACGCUGUGCAAUAAAAUCUUUCGAUCUGGGUUAUGACCGUAGAAGAAUUCCCUUGCAUAUGGUUGGAAUCCUGCAAUUUAAGAUUUCUACAGUUAAUUUUAUUCUGCAAAAUAUUCUUCUACAGUUCAAGUUCUGUUCUACGGUGAUGUGCCAUUAGACUUAUAUGCUUAAGCUGUUAUUUUAGAAACUGCAUCAAAUUAUACAGAUU